AUGCUCCACCCGCUCAUGAUGCUUCCCCGCGAGAGCCUACCGCUGUCCGCCCUCGACCUCGUCAAGCCACACGGAGAACUUUCAUCCACCCGUCUUUUUGAGUCCAAGAUUAAGAUUCUCGACCUCGAGGGACGCCUGGGCCACAGUGUCCUCAUUGCCCGUUCAGAGAUCACCAAAAUGGUAUAUGCCGUCGAAAGCGAAAGCCCUGGGUUAUACGUGCUGUGCAAGCUGGGCUCAUGGGUGGAUGUUGGAGAGCUCAGUCAUGAUGCUACCGUGGUCUGCAAGGAGAGAUUGAAAGGCCCAAAGCAGGUCAAAGUCGAAGAUCCGGCCGGCGCGCCUUUUAUAACACCACAAAUGUACAAGGAGAACAAGAGGAGGAAACUCGCCAUCGAAGAACUCCAGGCCGCCACUCGCAGACGAUCAGGAACUCUCACCGAUAUGGACUCUCACAGUCAAAUUUCGGCAUUGCCCAACUCUAGGCCUGCUUCAAGAGGAAUCGUUGAGUCUAGACCGGCCUCCAGAGGAGUUGGAACUCAAAUUGUUCAGCCACCAGAGGAGAUUUUGGCCGACUCUCUCACUUUGCUAUCCAGCACGCGAGACAGCACCCAAGCCCCUCUUCCGGUCUCAGAUACUGGUUGCCAGGCAGAGCCACAGUCACAGCCACAGGAGCAGGAGCAGGAUAAGCCGACCGCCGAAGGCAUCAUGGACAACAUUAGAACACAGUAUCAAGAAGCUCUCUAUCAUUCAAAGGUAAGAAUCUUGGUGUCCGACCUACUCGUUUGUCAAUAUGCUCACUGGCCUAGGGAUCGCUGGCAUAUUUCGCAAAGGGCCCACUGUCCAGGUCUCAUCAUGACAACUAUCCUGGUGGACAAGAAGUACCGCGAAACAAUUCCCGCUAUCAUCGAGAAAAUGAAAACGUGCCUCGAGGACUCGGACAACGCCCAGACAAAGCGCAAGAAACGGAAGGUGAAGAAGCCCAAGAUGGGGAAAGAUGGCUUGUACCCAAGUGAAGUGGACCACGUUAAGAGGUGGUGGACUUCACAUCUGCCGAUUGCUGUUGGGAAUGAAGAGGAAGAAGCAAAGACCGUUUCCCAGACCGAAGCCAGGUAUCACGUCUCCUGCCUUCGACGGAGAGAAACUCAGUUGCAGAUGAUCCUAAUCAUGGAAAUUCUGGCGCUGGAACCAUUGAUACGGCCAAAGGAUCCUGUUGGUGACUACCUGCUGCCUGGCGAGUCUCGAGCACCAUCCCGCGAAGCAAGUCAAGAGCCGACAGCGAAGAAACGGAACAAGCACAAUCUUCCUGUACUUUUGGAUGUUCACGCUGAUCGCCUUUGUAUUUGGCAGUCGGUAACACUGGAUGAGGUCAAAGCGCUGGCUGAGUCUCAAGCACCCAAAGAGGGUGCCAGGCCCGAGCGAAUCGACUCUGACCCCCUGAAGGACUUUUGUGUGGAAAUCAUCCUACCCUUUUUCGCUGCACGUCUCCCAGAGCUUUGCGACUCCAUCAACCGAAAGUUGGGUGGCCCUGUGGCUCAGUCGCCACCGAAGAAGGAGUUUGUGAAGCCGGCUGCUGUCUCAAAAGCGAAACCUGGUGCGCUAGCAAAGCGGCCUGCCGCCCUGAAGAAGGACAGCGAUCGAUCGCUCCAGCGAGCGCUUUCCAACGAGCGUAUGAGACGUAGUGUCUCAAGAGAGCCAUCCAAGGCGAUCGCCCUCAUGCGAUCUGCGAGCGCGACGGCAAUUCCUGGACUGAAGCGGGAGGGUAGUGAGCCCCUGCUCAUGGGAAUGGUCCCCCGCCAAGACAAGAGUUUGAAGGAGAAGCCAACAAAUGUCUUCCCACGUGGGGAAGAUCUCAGAGCGAGAAAGAAGGCCCAGGUAGAUGCCGAGUUGAAGGAUGCCAUCUCGGCGCUUAAGAAGCCAAACCGGGCACUGGCUGUGAAAGAAUUUGCUGACGCAGUGGACAAGAGAGCUUCUGCGGGUGUCAACCAGGUGAAGAAGGUGAAGAAGCCGCGGACACCUUCUAUUGUCAAAGCAACUCCAGCAAACGGCCGCUUCAAGGAUGUCCUUGCGGGCGACAAUGCGCGUGGACAAACAUCUCUAUCUUUUGAAGCCAUCCCACCAUCAAGCGCCUCCAUGAUCCCAGCAUCGACAUUACCUCGCAAGUUCACCAAUGCAUUGGCACCACCGCCAUCGUCAACACCGAUCAGGAUCAACGCGACUCCGGCCCGCAAACCAGCCGCGGUCAGCACCUUCCACACCCUGCGGGCAAUCCAGGAGACACCGGGCCCCAUCUUGGCCUCGUCACCCAUCAUGGCAAGAAAGGCAGCGCCCGCACCGACUCAGGGCCAAAGAGCCUCUACACAAUUCCUAUCUAUACCUCAGGAAGCGAUAGACCACUUCCUCUCCUCGCCCGGGCUACCGGCGCUCUUUGAGACACCGGUCAACCCUAAAUUUCAUAAAACGGCCACGGCUAUCAAUGACAGCCCUAUUCGGUCAAAGCUAUUCACGUUGGCACCAGCCCAACAGAAACAAAAGGAGAAGGAAGCCCCACCGCCGGGGACACUCGGACAGACAGUUCUCACGAAGGAGACAGCGAGCAUAUACGCCCAACUCGGGUGGGACGACGACGAUGACAUUAUAUAA